AUGCCAAGGGAAAUAAUCACAAUCCAAGCCGGCCAGUGCGGCAACAACGUUGGCAGUCAGUUCUGGCAGCAGCUCUGUGUUGAACACGGGAUUAACCAAGAUGGGAACUUGGCCGAAUUUGCGACCGAGGGAGGAGAUAGAAAGGAUAGCGAUGAUACUCGAUAUAUUCCCCGCGCUAUAUUACUAGACUUAGAACCUAGGGUUCUCAAUACAAUCCAAACCGGCACAUAUCGCAACAUCUAUAAUCCCGAGAACUUCUUCAUUGGCAGACAGGGAAUUGGUGCCGGGAAUAACUGGGGAGCUGGAUAUGCGGCUGGUGAGAUUGUGCAAGAAGAAGUUUUUGAUAUGAUUGAUCGUGAAGCGGAUGGGAGCGAUUCAUUGGAGGGAUUUAUGCUCCUUCAUUCUAUCGCAGGUGGAACGGGAUCCGGACUUGGGAGCUAUAUUCUUGAACGAAUGAACGAUCGCUUUCCAAAAAAACUAAUUCAGACUUACUCUGUUUUCCCUGAUACACAAGCGGCGGAUGUUGUUGUUAAUCCAUACAAUAGUUUGCUGGCCAUGAGGAGAUUAACCCAAAAUGCUGAUUCAGUUGUUGUCGUGGACAAUGGUGCCCUUUCCAGAAUCGCAGCAGACAGGCUACAUGUACAAGAGCCCUCAUUCCAGCAAACUAACCAAUUGGUUUCUACGGUCAUGUCUGCGGCUACCACCACCCUUCGAUACCCUGGCUACAUGCAUAACGAUCUUGUCAGCAUUCUCGCUAAUCUAAUCCCAGACCCUCGAACGCGCUUCCUCAUCACAUCAUACACCCCUUUCACAAGUGACAAUGUCGAACAAGCAAAGACCAUUAGGAAAACCACCGUCCUAGAUGUUAUGCGUCGACUCCUCCAGCCCAAAAAUCGCAUGGUGUCAAUUAGCCCCAGCAAAACCAGCUGCUAUAUAAGUAUAUUCAAUAUAAUCCAAGGAGAGGCUGCCCAAACCGAUGUCGACAAAUCAAUUCUCCGCAUCCGUGAACGCCGUCUGGCCACUUUCAUCCCCUGGGGACCAGCCAGCAUCCAUGUAGCUGUUCCCAAGCGGUCACCAUACCUACCAAACACUCAUCGUGUCAGUGGUUUGAUGAUAGCAAACCACACUUCCGUGGCGACCCUCUUCAAGAGAAUUGUUAGCCAGUAUGACAGACUGCGCAAGCGGAAUGCGUUCUUGGAGCAGUAUAAGAAGGAACCUCCCUUUGCUGAUGGAUUAGGAGAGUUCGACGAAGCUAGAACUGUCGUCAUGGAUCUCAUUGCGGAGUACGAGUCUGCGGAAAGACCCGAUUAUGCCGGUGGUGGCACAGAUGUAGAGGACAGCUAA